UGCGGCUCGGCGCGAGCGGGGCGGGGGAGAGCGGUGUCCGUCUGACGAACGACAGAGGAGCGGCGGCGGCGGCGGCGCAGGAGCAGGAGGCCCGGGACAGCCCCCACCCCCCACACACACAGCGGCAGCCAGCACCGUGAGGCCAGCCUCUCUCUACCCGCGUCCCAUCCCAGCGACCUACCUACCCCCAGCAUCCACCCGGUAGUGGGGUUACCGGGGGGAGGAGAGGGUUAACUGCCCCGUCAGCACAGUUACCCGCCUUGUCAAGGUGUUUAAUUGCCUCAAGUGAGGGUUUAAACUGCCCCGACAGGAGAGCUAGCCGUGGGUUUAACGGUCUCGUCAGAGCUUUAACCGCCCCCUUCACACGGUGAAUUGUCACAGCUGAGGACUCACGUCCUGUCAGAGGGUCAAUAGUCUCAACUGAGGGUUUAACUACCCCGUUGGGACUGGGGUUUUAAUUGCCCUGUGCUGUGCUGUUCCGGAGGGUUUAACUGCCACUGUCGGAGGGUUCAUUGCCUCAGCUGGUGAAUUAACUAUCACUCUGGGAGUCAGGAGGCUUAACUACCCCUGACUGGGGGGUUCAACUGCCACUGUCAGAGGGUUCAUUGUCUGAACCAAGGGUUUAACUUUACCCUCUGGGAGUAAGGGGAGUUUAACUACCCCCACACCAGAGGCUUCACUGUCCUCCCUGAGGGUCAAUUGUCUCAACUGAGUGUUUAACUGCCCCUUUGGGAAUCAGAGGGGUUAACUGCCCUGUCGGAAGGUUAAUUGGCUCAGCUAAGGGUUUAACUACCCCUUUGGGAGUCCGGAGGAUUUAACUACCUCUGGCAGAGGUAACUGUCCAGUUGGAGGGUUAAUUGUCUCAACUGCAGGUGUAACUGCCCUGUCAUAGAGUUUAAUUGCCCUGUCAGAAGGUUUAGCUGCCCCAUCAGGAGGGUUUAAACUGCACCAGUUAAGGGUUUGACUGCCCUGUCAGGACAGGAUGGAUUAUUUGCUCCAGCUGAGGGUGUAACUGCCCCCCCCCCCCCCCCCCCCCCGCACUUCCUGCAGAGAGUGUAAAGCAAUUGCCCCAAAAGGUUUAAACGGUGCCCCAACAGAGGGAAUAAAAGGCUGCACCAGCAGAAGUUUUUCCAUCUUUCGCAGCUUCACCAGCAGAGGGUUUAAAGCCAAGAUCCCUGGCAGAGGGAUUUAAACCUUUCCCUGUCUCAGUUCACCCAGUAGGAUUGUUAUCACCUCUCCACCCCUACCUCGCCCUAAGCAGAGUCCACCAGCCUUGCCAUGCAGAACAUCUUGGUCUCCAUGGGCACCGUGGCCAGCACGGUGACAGUGUGCCAGGUGCUGCGGCACAUAGCCAGGGCGUUCCUGAAGCCUCGGUGCGUGAUUUCACGAGGGGGUGGGCUGAGCCAGACACCGCUGCAACUGGCCAUCGAAUUCAUCUCCACCCUGCAGCUGUGCAUCUGCACCCACGAGCUGAGGCUGCUAGGGGAGUCGGGGCUGCUGCCGGGGCUGGGGCCGUCCCUGGUGCUGGUCUACCUCGUCACCCUGGUUCACCUCUCCACCUUUGGCAGCGCCAGCUGCAACCCAGUCAACACUCUGGAGCGCUUCCUCUGCGGGCAGUAUAGUGGGAAGCUGGCCCUGUCCAAGGUGCUGCUGCAAGUACUGGCAGCCUUGGCCGCCCGCCGGGUGACCGAGACUAUCUGGACCCUGCACAUGUCCGACCUACACUGGCACCACUGCAAGAACCACUUUAAGUGCACCCCAGCAAUGAAGACCAGUACCUUAAGCAACGGCAUGUUCGUAGAGUUCUCCUGUGCCUUCAGCCUGAGGGCCGUCAUCGUCCGCUUCCAACAUCUCUCUGCUAAUCGCAGGAUGUUCUUGGUGGCCGGGUUAAUCACCUUCCUGGUGUUUGCAGCUGGAGGGCUGACGGGAGCCGUGUUUAACCCAGCGCUGGCCUUUUCAAUCACGUUCCAUUGUGACGGAUAUACCUUCCUCGAAUACAGCUUCGCUUACUGGCUUGGACCUCUCCUAGGUGCCCUGACAGCUGUGAUGUUGUUUGACAAGAGGAUGGUAUGUUGUGCCAACGCCGCUGUGCAAACUCCGAGGAGCAGCAUGAAGACAGACUGAAGGGUGAAUGAACGAGGUCGAUCGCAUUAUGAAGCUUUUCCUUCCAUUUCAACUGGGACUUUGAUAAAUGAAGGACUGUAAGCAUGCUGUAUUAAUCGACAGAGGUCUGUAUAACAAUUUUUAGGGAAUCUUUUACAAAAGUUGAGGAAAAUUUCUAACGUAGAUUUUAUUCUGUGGAUCUGUGGUUGUUCCGAGGUUGCUACUGCCUUGGAGAAGGAGUCUCUUGUCUUAAGAGGCAACGAUGGGUGCUAACACGAACUACAUCGGUAGAGGCAAACCAUCUUGUCAAUGAAGAAUCUGUCUUAAUAACACAACUGUGAAGCUGCUUGGUUAUAUACUAGGGGUUGUUGGUCAGCAGAGUUCUAUAGAAACACACUUGUACCACUAGAUUUUAUUGUUUUAUUAAUGUUUGUCCUGUAGCACCUGCUGUUGUUUAUAGACUCAGUGAAUGUGAUGGGGAGAGGGUCUGCGGCAAGGGGUUGCACUGGCUGGCUGUGUGGGUGCUCCAUUUAGUUGCAGCGUCAGCGUGGGACGGGCAGUGCUGAUGCUGGGCCAGAGGGUUGGAUGGUACAAUUGCAAGGCUGGGUUGCCAUGCCUGCAUUCCACAGAGGGAGAGAGAAGGCAAUCACGCGAAGAGCCAUCAUAAUGGAUAACUUUGGGGUGCAUUGGCACGGUGCCAGGAGUGGGGGUUAGGGGAAGGAUGGUAGGGGAUAGUACACUCACUGUGUCGUGCCCUCUGUGAGCCAAUGAAUUAUGGAUUCACAUAUGAACCAAAAGAAGAGAUAAGCAGUUAGAAAAUAAACUCUCACUUACAAAGGACGUGUUGUUGAUUAGGGUAACUUCCCCAUUAAAUGUGUCUGGAUAGUGAGAUCAUCUGAAAGUUGAAUUUUACUCUCUUAAAUUGAAUUGUGUUUAAUUUAAUCAACAUUUGAACAGUGACUAACAGCCCUUUAACACUCAGACCAUUGCCAGGGUAGUGUCAUUUUUAGAUAUAGUGUAGAAUUUUGCAUUAAUUCAUUUGUUCUCUCAUGUUUGGAAAAGUUAGAGAACUCCUCAAGGGAGUGUGUGGGGGGAGGGGGAUGGAGGGUGCAAUUUUUAUUUGAGAUUAGGAAAAUCAAAUUCUUCCAAUGGCGCAACUAACAGCACAGUGGCUCAGUGAAAGAUCUGUUGCCUUACAGCGCCAGAGACCCCAGUUCAAUGCUGUCUGCACGGAGAUUUGUACGUUCUCCCUGUGACCACGUGGGUUUUCUCCGGGUACUGCAUCCCAAAAAGGUACAGGUUUGUAGGUUAAUUGGCUUUGCUAAAAUUGUAAAUUGCCCCUAGUGUGUAGGAUAGUGCUAUUGUACGGGGUGAUUGCUGGUCGGCACGGACUCGGUUGGCCGAAGGGCCCGUUUCCGCGCUGUAUCUCAAGUCUAAAAGGUGAGCAGGCAGUUCAGUGGGAUAGCCACUGCGCAAACUGGAAUAAUUAUCGGUCUGGGUUCCAAUGUCAGUCUUCAGCUUUCGAGAGGUUUUACUCACUCCUGGAAGAAACUGAGGUCAGACUCUAGUCCAGGCUUUUAUAAUUCGGCAACACAUCAGAAAGCACCUGAUACCCAUUGUAGGGAAGUGUGAGUUACACCAGCCUAUGGGUUAGAAGACUGGUUGGACACUGAAAAUGUGAUUUAUAGCUGCUGGAUAAUGAAUUCCGGGAAUGCAGGAAGGUAACUGGAAACAAAGUCAUGUUUGAUUGAGAUGGGGACUACACCUGAAGGUUUCAGGUGAGAUCCGUUAGACUCUUCCUGACCCGGUGAUGCAUUUUCACUGUACAUUCCGAUUAAAUGACCAUUCCUUGACUAUGGAACCACGUUGAUGAGUAAAUGUUUUGAAAUUGUUUAAGAUUA